AUGGAUUUGCCUGGACCAAUACAUGAUUUUCUUUUAGUUUUUCUGGGAUCUGGUCUUCUAGUAGGAGGUCUGGGAGUGGUAUUACUUCCUAACCCAAUAUUUUCAGCCUUUUCCUUAGGAUUUGUUCUUGUUUGUAUAUCUUUAUUGUAUAUUCUAGCAAAUUCCCAUUUUGUAGCUGCUGCACAACUCCUUAUUUACGUGGGAGCCAUAAAUGUUUUAAUCAUAUUUGCUGUGAUGUUCAUGAAUGAUUCCGAAUAUUCCAUAGAUUUCAAUCUGUGGACUGUUGGGAAUGGGAUUACUUCAGUGGUUUGUACAACUAUUCUUUUUUCAUUAAUUUCUACUAUUCUCGAUACGUCAUGGUACGGGGUUAUUUGGACUACAAGAUUAAACCAGAUUUUAGAACAAGAUUUAAUAAGUAAUAGUCAACAAAUAGGAAUUCAUUUAUCAACAGAUUUUUUUCUUCCAUUUGAACUCAUUUCAAUAAUUCUUUUAGUUGCUUUGAUAGGUGCAAUUUCUGUGGCUCGUCAAUAA